AUGGCAAUUGUUAUCAUCACAUUUUGCGUGUUCUACUUUAUUGAUUUCAUCACACAACUCUUUGGCGGAGUUACUUCAGCAAUCGGUGUACCCAGUGCAUCCAUGUCACAAGCAUUUAUCGAACCGGUAGUGUCGAAGACACGAAAACGUCGAAAAGGCAUGCAUUUACAAGAGAGCUGCACUCAAAACUCGUCGUCAAUUUCACAAGCCGACAGCACUCAAGCGAACACGAGUUCAACAGUGGACACCGCGAAGUCAAUGAAGGAUAUGUUGACUAAGAGCUUCCGACCAGGAUCAAGAACGCAUGCACCACCGGAAUCCUCACAGAAACCGGCAGCUGCUAUGACUCAGUUGAAGCCCGUCAGUGCGGCAGACAUCUCAUCGAGUAGAAAUCUGGCUGGGCGCUCACCAGGCACAACCGAACAGACGCCCGAAACUCGUAAAACUAGUGCGACGAGAGAUGUCAACAGAGAUUACUGCGAUACUCCAAGUGUUGAAUUUCUCUGCUACGACCAACUUGACGAACGCUAUGGAUUACCGUACGCAGAUGAUUUUUCGGGUGAUGAAUUUGGUCACUAUCAAUACGAACAAGCUCAGGUUUAUUUGCAGUACAUUGCUAAAUUAGAUGAAGUUCGCACUGAGUUCUCGAUCGACGACGUCUCAGAUCCCGACAAAUCACUAGACGAAUGGGAAAACCUUGAUGCCGUUGGCAUGUCGCCUGAUAUGCCAACGAUGACGUCGUCUGAUGAUGAUUGUACCGAAUCAAUAUACGACCAAGCUUUAAAUGUAUUCAAUAGGAUAAUAGCAAAAAAAGAAAAUCAAGCACAGAAGAACAUUUUCAACGCUCAGGAAGGACGUACGGAAAAGGGACCAGGAGAUUUUGAGUGCAUUACAAAAACUACCGAAAUGGAAAAGUUGCUCUCUUCGUCAGAGGAGAGUCAAAACAAAUUGGACAAAGGUGAUAUGCGGCCUGAACAAAAUGAUAAUCUUCGUCGUGUCCCAAAUUUUCUGGAUUCAGAAGUCCAAGCUCGAUGCGAUGUUGAGGAUACUGAGGUGCCACGUGAACUUAGUUUAUCUAACUGCGAGGAACCGUUACAUUCUCAUCGUUCACAGUUGUCUGUAGACGAUAACGCUUCCCAUUCUGAAGAUGGACGUCGUACAGCCAAAUCGCUGAGUGUGUUUAGUAUAAGGCAAUCGAUGGAGAUUCGCGGCUAUCAUCAUGUUCUUUUCACUUAUCCAGAUCCAACACCACAUAAGGUCUUUUUGACUGGAUCAUUUUUCGGAUGGAAAAUGUCAUUACCGAUGCAACGUGAACGAAAUGCGUUUCGGCUCAAAAUUACUCUUCCUGCUGGUGAACAUCAGUACAGAUUUGAAGUACAUCGUCAUCCGACUAGUUCAACAUCUGAUAUACCGUAUAUCGCCCAGGAAUAG